UUACUUAGCCUAUUACGAUGUUAAUGAUUAUGUGAACUCUUAUAGUGCCCUCCAUAAUGUUUGGGACAAAGAUCCAUUAUAUCUUGAUUUGCUGCUGAUUUUCCACAAUUUUACAUUUGGAUUCACGCCACACAGUGGUUAAAGUACACAUUCUCAGAUUUUGGCUGGUGGUUAAUUCUACAGCAAGACAAUGAUCUGACACAUACUGCUAAAGCAACAAAGGAGUUCUUCAAAGCUAAAAAAUGGUUAAUCACCUGAUCUGAACCCAAUUGAGCAUGCCUUUCAUGUGCUGAAGAGAACUUAAGGGGACUGGUCCCUGAAACAGACAUGAGCUAAAAGUGCAAUUCAGGCCUGGCAGAGAAUCACCAGAGAAGAGACCCAGCAACUGGUGAUGUCCAUGAAUCGCAGACUUUAAGCAGUCAAAACAUGCAAAGGAUAUGCAACAAAAUAUUGAACAUGACUAAUUUAAUUUACGUAACAUUGCUGUGUCCCAAACAUUAUGGUGUCCUGAAAUGGGGGAUUAUGUAUAAAGACUUAUUGAAAUCUGACAAUGUGCACUUGUAACCACGUGAUUAUUUUUAUUACAAAAUACAGUCAGGUCCAGUAUUAUUGACCCCUUUGGUGAAAAUUUGCAAAAAAGACUGUAGAAAACAAAUAAUACCAUUACUCAGAUAUAUUCUCAUUUUCCAACAUGUGGAAAAUAUUUUACUUUAUUAAUGAUUCAAUGGAAUCGACCAAAAUGACAAAUUUUUCAAAUUAUAAAUUUCUUUCCAAAAAAAAUUAAAUAAAAGAAAGAAACACAAUUGCUGGCACCCCUGUUUUUAGUACUUGGUGCAGCCUCCCCUGGCAAGGAUAAUGACACUGAGCCUAUUUCUAUAAUGUUUAAUAAGGUUGGAGAACACAUUUGGAGGGAUCUUGGACUAUUCCUCCAUGCAGAACCUUUCAAGAUCCUUCAUAUCCUUAGGUUUGCACUUAUGGACUGCCCUCUUCAAUUCAGACCACAUGUUUUUGAUAGGGUUGAAGUCCGGAGACAGAGAUGGCCAUUGUAAAACAUUGAUUUUGUUUUCACGGAACCAUUUCUGUGUUCAUUUUGAAGUAUGUUUGGGGUCAUUGUCUUGUUGGAAGGUCCACCUACGGUCUCAGCUUCCUGGCAGAAGCAACCAGGUUUUUGGCUAAAAUCUCCUGGUACUUGGUGGAAUUUCUUGUGCCAUUGACCUUAACAAGAGCCCCUGGACCACUGGCAGCAAAACAGCCACAAAGCAUCAGUGAUCCACCACCAUAUUUGACGAUCAACAGAACAGUAUGGCCACCACUGUUGCUGUCAGUCCCAGCGAGUAUCUUCAACCCUCUGCCUCCUCCACACAGGAAUCACAGCCGUCCCCACUGGCACUUCUGGCUGCUACCUGCAGUAAGAUUGGGCCCCCUGCAGCUCAGGCGCCUGUCAGCACCCCUCCUGCCCAGCCUGUCACCCGCCGCCUGCUACCUAUCAAGCCUGCUCCUAUUGCCCCUGCACCCCCAAAGAACCUGGGCUUCCUGUCCACUAAGAGUAAUGUGAUCCAGCUGUCAGCAGGCCUUGCUUCCUCCUCUCCCAGUGGGCCAAUCCUGCUCACCAUCCAGAACCCAUCUCGGCCUGCUGCCACAAACAUCCAGUAUCAGAUGGUGCCACAGCUACAAGGUGCAUGUGGGCAGACUAUCCAGAUGAUGCCCCAAGGUGGGCAAAUUCAGAUAAUCCCAGGCACCAAUCAGGCCAUUAUCACUUCCCCUGUGACAGUCCCAGCUCCUCCAGUUCCUCCUGCCCCCCAGAAGGCCCUGGCAAUAAAGCCCUUUCCACAGAAGCGUCGGCAGAACAGUGCUAAUGUGGUGCGGCUGCCUGGGGGCCUCACCCUUCCUCUCAAUGUGACUGCAAGUGAGGUGGGGGGUGCUCAGAUCAUUGCAGAGUCUAUGACUUCCCCUUCUCUGGUCAAGGCCGCACGAAGGGGUCGCAAGAAACUUGCAGCUGCCUCCCAACCAAUUCCACCAACCCCGUCUCCACCCCCUGCUGUGGCUGUGGCUGAGCAAGUGGAGACACUACUGAUAGAAACCACAGCUGACAACAUUAUCCAGGCAGGAAACAACCUGCUGAUUGUGCAGGGCUCAGGUCAGCCAGCCAUGGUACAGCAGGUCCAACUGGUGCAGCAGAAGCCUGAUCAGCAGGUGGUACAGAUACCUCAACAGGCCCUCAAAGUGGUACAGGCUGCCUCUGCCACCUUGCCUCCUGUCCCACAGAGACAGCCCAUUCCCAGCCAUCAGAUGACCACAGCUGAACCCACACAGGUACUAAUUAAGACUGCGUCAGGAGAGUGGCAAACAGUGCAGCUGCAAGAAACCACAGUGCCAACCCCACCACCCUCUUCCAGCUCAAGCACUGUCACCUUGCCCUCGGCUGGGGGAUGCAAGAGGAUGUUGGCUGGGGGGCGCAAGGAAAGAACCUUUCCCAAGAUUGCGCCAGCAGGAGGUCUGAUCGCACUUAAUGCAGCCCAGCUGUCAUCUGCAGCACAAGCAGUGCAGACCAUCAAUAUCAACGGGGUGCAGGUGCAGGGAGUGCCUGUUACCAUCACCAAUGCAGGGGGUCAGCAACACCUCACCGUACAGACUGUGCAAGGCAGCAGUUUGCAGCUGGGUGGAGUGAGUGCCUCUCAGGGAGAGCUGCAGGUGGAGCAAGCCUUGGCACUGGAGAUCCAGGGACAGCCAGGUGAGAAGAAGCGACGCAUGGCCUGCACCUGCCCAAACUGCAAGGAUGGUGAGAAAAGACCAGGGGAAAUUGGGAAGAAGAAGCACAUCUGCCACAUCCCAGGCUGUGAGAAGACCUUCCGCAAGACCUCGUUGCUGCGGGCACAUGUACGCCUACACACUGGGGAGCGCCCCUUUGUCUGUAACUGGGUUUUCUGCGGGAAGCGUUUCACACGUAGCGAUGAACUGCAGCGGCACGCCAGGACACAUACAGGAGACAAGCGUUUUGAAUGCUCACAGUGCCAGAAGCGAUUCAUGAGGAGUGACCACCUCACCAAGCAUUACAAAACACACAUAAAUACUAAGAAUUUGUGAGAACAGUGUUCUGUGGCAGUGAGUCUUGUGUAUGCGAAGCUGGAUACGCACACCCACGUGAACUUCAACACUCUGUUAAGGGGUUGGUAAACAGAAGUGAUGGUGUCCCAUGGGAGCGUGUUCCCAAAAUGCACUCUGGCUACACACAGUACACACGCUUGGUAGUCCUUCCCCUCAGGCUUGAACUGCUCCAGUGUUGUUUUUUGUUUUAUUUUUGUUUUAUGCUCUUCUUUUUCCACAGAGGCCAGUGUUGCCCCAUGGACACUGCUGUGCUGUUAACUUCAAUAUGUCUAUCCCAGCAACAUGUCCGGUGACAGUGCUGUGGUGCACUAAAGUUUAGCAUCUCCAACCCAGUAACAUAUCCGGUUAUAUAUUGGGAGAAUUUGCUGGCUCACCUUGGAUUUGGAAAGAAAUCCUUUUGACCAGCAAUCAUUCAGUCUAGCCCCCAUCCUUUCUUCCAUUGACUUUACCAUCUGAUGAAAGUUGGCAGGAAAAGUAGGUUUGAGUUCAUUCUUCAGGUUCUCCCAGGUUGAGUUGGCCAAAGGUUUAAGGACACAGUUUUAGUGGUGUGCGUCUGUGUGUGCGUGUGUGAAUGUAUGUGUCCAUAUACUUUUUUCGUACUUUAUAUCCCCUUCAAGGCAGAAAUUUGAAUAAAUAUAAAAUGCAAAUGGGGUCUACUUGUGCCCAGUAUUCACAAUAUAUGUUUUGACCUGUACACAGGUCAUUUUAUUUAAAGUAUUUCUCCAGUGCUGUGUUUUGGAGUAAUGUGAGUAAAAGUAACCACAUAAUUACAAUGAGAUCUAAAACUGUUAGCCAUAAUGAAUGCAAUACUCAUUUGUUGCACAACCACAUAUUCAUGCCAUCUAGGGACUCCUUUUUGAGUAAACUGUAAUCUGUUUGAUUAAUUUAAAUAGUUAAAGUUUCAUGUGUCCAUGUGUUCAUGUGAAAAUGGCCCCUUCGCCAGUGAUUUUCUGUUACAAAUUAGGUGACCAUAGACAGAGUCCAUACACAGUAUUUGGACAGUGGUGCAAUUUGUUGUUUUGACUCUGUACUCCAGCACAUUGGAUUUGAAAUGAAAUGAUGAAUAUGAGGUUAACGUGCAGAUAUCCAUAUCAUGUGAUCCAUGAAGGAACCCUUUUUAUACGUUCUUGUGUAUAACUUCAGGGUGACAUAACAUUUGGGACAAAUGUCUUAACAGGUGUUUCUGAUUAUGCAGGUGUGUUCAAACACUUCUUUAGUGCAGGCAUAGGAGAGCUUUCAGUAUCUAGUCUUGAUUGCCUUUGGAGUCUAUCAUUGCCAUUUGUGAACACGAGGACAGCUUAUAGAGACAUAAGCCAAACCCAAACAAUACGCUUACCAAAAUAAAUUGUGUGGAACAUCAUUAAGAAGAUGUUCUUAUAGCCUAUUGUAUAGUCUACUUUGGGCUGUUUUUUUAUUUUUAUUUCUCAGCCUCAUAAUGGCUCCCUUGCCUUUAUUUGGCACAACACUGGUCAAAAUGUUGUCAAACGGCAAUAACUGACUCAAAAGGCAAUCGGAAGACAAAAUCAAGACUAUAUAUGUACUGUAUUAUACCUACACAAAGGAAGUGAUUGAACACAACUAACUAAUCAAAAUGAGAAGCCAUUUGUCCUAAAUGUUGUAACACCCUGAAAUGGAAGGGGGGUGGGGGUUCUAUGUAUAUAAGGGCUGUAAUUCCUGCACAGAUCACCCGAUAGGGAUGUAAAUUCCCCUCAAAUUAAAAGUCUGCACUUUGACCUAUUCAUUGUUUCAUUUCAAAUCCUUUCAAAUGAACAGAGCCAAAACUGUCCAAAUACUAACAUACUAACACUGUAGUUUGAGGCAAUUUCUUUUGCUAUUGGUGAACAUGAGUUUCUAUUUAAACCAAUAACCCAUCACUGCAAUGUCCUCCAUCAAAUUGGGGGAGGGCAGAGAAGCACACAUUUUCUCAGCUGGUUGCUGGCUGAAUUACAGUCUUUUAAAAUGUAGGAUUAGACUUAAUGUACAGUUGGCACAGCCAGGCUGCAGGCACCCAAUUGACUCUUAAUAGUCACUCCUGCCCUCCUUCCCUGGUCACAACUGUGAUUAUUAUUUACAGGAACACCUACUAUGAAUGGUCCUUCAUAAAAGCUAAAUACCAGCUACAUAAACACAACUUGGCCCCCUUCAUAAACACUACAUGGAUAUUCAUCAAUACUGUAUGUCAAUAACUGCAGAUAGGCCUAUGGUGUAUGUGACUUGGGUGUGUUGUUAUAAUGCCUUUUGCUGUAAUCAUUGGUGAUAUAAUGCACCAUAUUCCUAUUCACAGUUAUUGACAUAAGCACAUGUAGCAUGUAUGGAGGCGUUGAAUAGCUGUUAUGACAAACCAUUCAUGAAAAGCAUGAUCUUAUAGGUUUUUGCCACCUUGCAGGGCUGCUAGCCGCAUUCAGUGCUGGCACGGUCAGAAUUCAAAUCCAGGCCAUACUGGCAGUCAUCAACCCCCAGUGUUGUUAAAAUUAUUGAAACAUUUUGGGGAAAAACACUUGUACUUUGUCAUUCAUGUUUUUUUGUUUGUGUAUUAUUCUGAUUAUGCCCACAUAUUAAAUUAUUUCUAGCUCCUAAAUAUAUAAUGUUAAUCACUCCAGUAUAAUGUCACAUUUUUUGUAUGCAUUUUCAAUGUAUAAAGUGCAGUUUUCAGUCACAUCAUAAAAAUAACCAUAAAAAUACCUGAUACCUUUAAUUACAACAAUUUAAAAGAAUCUGAUGUUCUCGAACAUUUCCUUCCUGAUUUACUUUAUUUCACAUUGAAACACCUUAAAGGGGCCUUAAAGAGGAAAAAAGGUUUGUGUGCAUAUAUUUACAUUCAUGAAUAAAUAUAGGAAACUGGAUUGUGAUAACAGAAUUUAAGCUGGCUAAACCACAUUUGAAGGACAUGGACUGUGUUCUUUGGAAGUGAAGAAUGCAACAUGAUGUUGUAUAGCUCAUUCCUGCUUUAUACAAUGAGACUAGACUAGUUUUUUCUAUCAAUUAAAAGUUGCCUUAGGUAAAUUGAACCCAGUAUUUAAAGAGAUUGUUUAUUCUGAAGAACAGCUUUUGUAGAAUUGCUUUAUUUUUUGUUAUUUUUGACAAUAUUGUUUGUCAAUAUCUGCCUGCACUAAUUAGAUCUAGUGAUGUUCAUUAAUUCUAUCAUUUAUUUAAAAGCAAGACUUUAUGCAAAUGUUUAAAUGAGAAGUGAGGGAAUGGGUGGUCUCAUUGAAAAGGUAUUGGUCCUUGAGAUAAAUUAUUUGAGUUUCCCACAAAAAAAUGAACUUCCAAUCUGAAAGUUACUCCCUAACCAGAGGUUUGCUUUUUAUGCAAUGCCUCAAUUUACAACUUCACAGCCUCUGGUAAGUCUAAAUAGUGUAUGCCUGGUGGUGUUCUAAAUGCUUUGAAUUUAAAUGCAGUUUGAAAUGAAUGACAAACCAAUACCAUCACUUCUUCUCUUGCUAGUGUAUUAUUUCAAAUAGACUUUAAAAGAAUACACCAACAUUUUGGGAAAUAUACCUUGUUUCCCCAACUUACCCAUACACAGAUGAGAUGAUCAUUUUUGUGCAUUCACUGGCUCGGUUUCCAUGUUAGCAUAACAUGUUAGCUUAGUAUGAAGACAAAGCCUGUAGGAGUCAGUAGCCUACCUCUUUCAAAGUGAAUAAAUACACCUUACAGCAACUCUGAAGCUGUGUUAUUUACACAAGGUAUAAUGUGUAUUUGAAAUCUGGAAAAACAAGAUGAUGUUUUCAGAGAAGUUUGAAGGGAGAGCAACUACCUUCUUCACUGCACUACUGGCUCUUAUAGGCUUCAAGUCUUUAUGCUAAGCUAACACAUUAUGCUACCAUGGAAACCAAGCCAGUGAAUGCAUGAAAAUGAAAUAGAACAUUUUGUCGGGGUAGGUCGGAAAGGUAAAUUUCCCAAAAUGUUGGUGUAUUCCUUUAAACAAAAAAUGGAACACAUUCAAUUAUAUAAACUUUGUGAAAAUGUAAAUAACCGGAAAAAGGUCCAAGAUGCAGACCGUUUUCACAGGCACUUUCCCAGAUUGCAUAUUUGUUUCAACUAUUAUUACUUGCUCAGCUGACUCCUUGGCCUUUUCUUUGGGAGAUGGUGGUAUGUCAGGUUUCUUAGAGGCCAGAGUGACACUUUGCUAUGCUAACACCGAUGGUGAAAAGAAAUCAUCAUUGUGCCGUAGGUUUUGCUAAAUCUGUUUUCCUGGCCAUUCAUACUAGACCCAUCCAUUUAUUUCCUCAUUUGCCUGAUAAAAUCCAUAGAUCCAAAACGUCUCUUCACUGUCUACAACAUAUUUUAUGAGUAUCCCAUUACAACAAAGUUGAUGUCUUGAAAUUGGGUUUAAAGGGGACGGUUCACCUAAUCUAUCCAUCCAUAUAGUUUAGCUGAGAUUUGUCAAGUUUUUGAGAUGACCAUUGCAGCUUACCCUGAUGCAACGGACCUCAACGGGACCAAGUUUUUGUGGUGCUCAUAGCACCAAAAGAUCACAUAAAAAAACACCACAGCACAGAUUGUGAAACAAUGUUUUUAAACAACAUUGACACUGUGCCCAGGAAUAUGGCCAAACUAUGGUCGAGACAAUGCGAUUUAAUUUUUUAAUUGUACAUUUUGGUGCUUUGAGCACAACACAAACUUGAGGUCCUUUGUAUAAAGGUGAGCUGCAGUGGCUAUCUAAAAAACUAAUCAAAUCUCCUCUAAUUGGAUGUUUUGAUAGCACUCUGGGUAAGUGACAACAUAGCUUUAUUUCAAUUUUGGAUGAACUGCCCUUUAAUUUUACUGAUCUGUUUGUUUAUAAACCAAACUGGUUCCAAACCUAAAUUGUUAACUAUUUGCUUGAAACAUUUUCAUAUAUCAGUUUGUACAAUUUUUGUAAAUAUUUUUUUAUUUUUUCUGUUUUUGUAUAACAUUUAAACUUGGAUUUCCAGUGUGAGUUUGGCCAGUCACUGAUUCAUAAGGCAGCAGGGGGGUCUUAUUUAGGGAGAGAAAUUGAAUAAAUAUAAUUUUUAAUUUUUAAUUAUGAUAGAUACUGGAUAAUGUAAAGAAAAGUAUAUAUAAACUGGUACAGCUGUGAGACUUUCAGUCUCAUUUCCUGCUUUGAAAGAUGUUAAGAAUAAUUACUGUCUACAAACAUGUCUAUAUUUAUUACCUUUGCUGUAAUUCUGACACUUCUCACCCCUUGUACAUUUGAGGUAGCCUGAACGUUUUUAAAAAUAAAAUUGAAACUCUUUCUUUUCUGCUAUAAAUGUUUUUUGUACACAGGUGUAUGAAUAGCAUCUUAAAUAAAACAUGUCCAGUUUUGCCUUG